AUGUUUCUUGGGAUAGAGGCCAAGGAUGAAAACAAGAAAAUGAAAGUUUGGGUGUGUGGGGGUAUUUUCUUAAAUGCAGUACCGGCCAAUGAAAUAUACAAAAACGUACUUUUCAGUUAUCAAUCUAGGUCACCCGGACCCACUUCACCCGGAUCCAGACACCCGUAUCCAGGUCACCCGGAUUUAGGUCACCCGGAUCCAGGUCACCGGAUCCAGGUCAUCCGGACCCAGGUCACCCGGUCAGGGUCACCCGGAUCUAGGUCACCCGGAUCCAGGUCACCCGGAUCCAGGUCAUCUGGACCCAGGUCACCCGGUCAGGGUCACCCGGAUCCAGGUCACCCGGAUUCAGGUCAUCCGGAUCCAGGUCAUCCGGACCCAGGUCAUCCGGACCCAGGUCAUCCGGAUCCAGGUCACCCGGAUCCAGGUCACCCGGAUCCAGGCCAUCCGGACCCAGGUCACCCGGAUUCAGGACACCCGGAUUCAGGUCACCCCGAGGACCCAGGACCCAGGACCCAGGACCCAGGACCUAGAACCCCGGAUCCCCGGGUCACUUUCUCUGGAGCCCAGAGAAGGUGCGAACUGAUUCUUCCUUUCACUUUCCUAUUCUUUUAUAUUAGUCUCCCAGAGGUCAAUGGUUUCUAA